AUGACGAUGGACGAAUUCAAGCAGUGGUUAAAAAAAUUCGAUGCCGACAAUGAUGGCCGUAUCAGCAAAGAAGAGCUCCUCAGCGCUAUUUACGAGACCGGGGGACAGUUUGCCUGGUGUAAGAGCCGACGUGCGAUAAAAUCCGCGGAUGCGAAAUUUGAUGAUGAUAAGGACGGAAGGAUUAGCAGAGACGAGCUUGCCGAUGCUAUACGAGUCUCCCACGGUGGAUGGUUCACUGGGAGGAAGAGCAAGCGUAUAAUCGGAUUGGUGGAUGCCGAUCGUAAUGGCUUUAUUGAUGAUAAUGAGAUCAAAAACCUUGCGGAAUUUGCAGAAAAAUACUUGAAUGUGAAAAUUUUGUAUUUGUAA